AUGGGGUUAGCAUCGUCUAAAUUGGUUGAUUCUCUUAUGGAGGUUGAUCAUGAAGAAAUUGAUCGUUUACGUAAAAGAUUUAUGAAAUUAGAUGCUGAUAGUAGUGGUACUAUAUCAGUUGAUGAAUUCAUGGCUAUCCCGGGUGUUGCGUCAAAUCCAUUAGCUUUAAGAUUAAUUGAAACAUUUGAUAUAGAUGGUAGUGGAGAUGUUGAUUUUAAAGAAUUUAUUACAGGUUUAAGUAUAUUUAGUGGUAAAGGUCUUAAAGAUGAUAAAUUAAGAUUUGCAUUUCAAAUAUAUGAUGUUGAUAAAGAUGGAUAUAUAUCAAAUGGGGAAUUAUUUAUUGUUUUAAAAAUGAUGGUUGGUAAAAAUCUUGAUGAAGAUCAAUUACAACAAAUUGUUGAUAGAACAAUAAUGGAAAAUGAUGUUGAUGGAGAUGGGAAAUUAAGUUUCCAAGAAUUCAAAAGAGCAGUUGAAGAUACUGAAGUUGCAAAGACAUUAACAUUGGAAAGUUUUUAA